CUUCGCGCGGCUGAGUCGGCUGACACGUCACGAAGGUCGGAAAAAUGGCGACCACCUACAGCAGCCUGAGUCUGCACACCACCCCGGAGAAGUUUUACAUUGAGGCCGGGGACGAUGGCGCUAAUGAAGUCCUCGCCAUUGACAGAGUGUCCACAGAAAUGACCCUUAUAGGGAGGAAGGACGUCCCUCCUUCAGCUGUGACCCGACCGAUAUGUGGCAUUAUGGGAACGAUACGGCUGGUCGCAGGCAUGUACCUCAUUGUGAUCACAAAGAAGAGAAAAGUCGGGGAUCUGCUGGGUCACGUGGUCUGGAAGGCAGUGGAGUUUGAUGUGAUCUCCUAUAAGAAGACAGUGCUGCACCUCACUGAUAACCAGAUGCAGGACAACAAGGCGUUCCUGGGUAUGAUCAAUAACGUCCUGAACACGGACGGGUUCUACUUUGCCACUGACUACGACCUCACGCACACGCUGCAGCGGCUCGCCAACACCAGCCCUGAGUUCCAGGAGAUGAGCCUGCUGGAGAGGGCAGAUCAGCGGUUUGUGUGGAACGGCCAUAUGCUCAGAGACUUCAGCACACAGCCCGAGCUGCACAGGUUCGCCUGCCCUGUGGUCCACGGCUUCAUCGUCAUGAAGUCCUGCUGUAUUAAUGGCAAAGUCUUUGAGUGGAACCUCAUUUCCAGAAGGAGCUGCUUCCGCGCAGGCGUGCGCUACUAUGUCAGAGGAAUUGACUCUGAGGGUCACGCCGCCAACUUUGUGGAAACGGAGCAGAUUGUUCAGUAUAACGGCGCCAAGGCUUCAUUUGUACAGACUCGCGGGUCUAUUCCCUUCUACUGGUCCCAGCGACCAAACCUAAAAUACAAACCCAAACCACAGAUCAGCAAGUCCGGCAAUCACCUGGAUGGUUUCCAGAGGCAUUUUGACUCUCAGAUCAUCACCUACGGAAAACAAGUCAUUUUAAACUUGAUUAAUCAGAAAGGCUCUGAAAAGCCUCUAGAGCUCGCCUUCGCCAAGAUGGUGGAGAGCCUUGGCAACGGCAUGAUCAAGUAUGUGGCCUUUGACUUCCACAAGGAGUGCAGCAGGAUGAGGUGGCAUCGUCUGCAGGUUCUGGUGGACACGGUGGCUGAUUUACAGGAGGAGUUCGGUUACUUCCUGGUGGACACAGAUGGAACAGUCCAAGUACAUCAGGAGGGGACGUUUCGCAGUAACUGUAUGGACUGUCUGGACCGAACCAAUGUGGUCCAGAGUCUGCUGGCCAGACGAUCGCUGCAGUCUCAGCUGGAGAGGAUGGGGGUCCUGCACGUUGGCCAGAGGAUCGAAGAUCAGAUAGAUUUUGAGAAGAUUUAUAAAAACGCAUGGGCUGACAAUGCCAAUGCCUGUGCCAAACAGUACGCUGGUACAGGAGCUCUGAAGACUGAUUUCACACGGACGGGGAAGAGGACACAGUGGGGGCUGCUAAUGGACGGCUGGAACUCCAUGAUUAGAUACUACAAGAACAACUUCUCUGACGGCUUCAGACAGGACUCCAUUGACCUGUUCUUAGGGAACUAUGCAGUGGACGAGGUAGACAUGAACACGCCUCUCCAUGAACCCAAAGACUGGAAGUUCCUCACGCUGCCGAUCAUCAUGGUGGUGGCGUUCUCCAUGUGUAUUAUCUGUCUCCUCAUGGCUGGUGACACGUGGACGGAGACGUUGGCGUACGUCUUGUUCUGGGGCAUGGCGAGCGUGGUCACCUUCGGCGUGAUCCUCUUCAACGGCCGGGACUUCGUGGACGCACCCAAGCUGGUCCAGAAGGAGAAGAUGGACUGAGAGUGCGUGUGUGGAAAGCAGCUGGGUCCCGUCGACUCUUCGUCCUCGUCCUCAUCCUCGCUCCUCUCCCACUCUCGCCUGCGCCAGGGCUGGAGCCUGUACUGACGUCGCCUUCGUCUUCAUCGUCAUCAUCACCCGCCGUGAGGAGGAGCGAGAGAGGAGGUGGAGGAGGAGGAAGAAGAGCAGGGGCCAGGCGGGGCCACAGGGGUGUGUUUGUGAGAGACUAGUGCGUUGACCGCACACAUACAGACUCAAUGCUGCGCACACUCGCUGCUCUCCACACUGCAGUUCCAUGUAGGAGGACCAGCCCGUCUCUUGCUGGACAGAAGGGGGCGCUAUUCCUUAGCCCAUCCAUGCUCAGACCCAGAGAGCCAGCAGCGUUUCUAGUCAUGCAGCUUCAACGAAGCUGAAGCUUCUUAUCCGCCAGAAUUUUCCAUUCCACCUUAAAUGGUGCAGAAUUCAAUAAAAACUUGCAGUAUCAAGAGAGAAUCUAGGCUUGCGGUCAAGAAUGUUUCUUAGCAUAUCGCUUAGUGUUGGGCUAGUGUGGGUUUAGCGAUUUUUAUAUCGUGAUACUCCAAGACAUUUUUACAGAGCAUGAUAUGCAUUGCAAUAUUUUCUAGGUUUCACAAUUUAGAACAAACAAAAAAGAACCAGUUGUGUAAAAUAUUACAAUCAAAAACUUUGAAUACAGUCAGAUUUAUUCAACAUUUCACACUCUGCACUGUACUCAAACAGGACUAAUUGUGCUCUCUUUGUAAAGAAAAAGUGCAGUUCAGUGUUUUUAAGUAUUGACGAUAUCCACAAUUCGCUCAGCAAAGCAUAUUGUGACGUCAGGACAAUGAUAAAUAUUGAUAUUAUGUGCUAACAUAACAUUUAGAUAGCUGGUGUUGUGCUAGUGUACAAUUCAGGUAGCUGGUGGUAGCGUAACACUUGGAUAGAUGGUCUUGUACUGGCAUACAAUUUAGCUAGAUUGUGUUAGCGUAACACCAGAGAACUUGUAGAGAGGAGAAUCUCCACUCUGCAAUGUCUUCUGGGUUUCUCAAACACUAGAGGGCGCUCCCGAGCGAGUCCACAAUGAAUGGGUUAAUAUGGAGCGUUUGAGCAAAAUCAUAGUUUAUAAAUGCUGAAACAUUUUUAAUGUAAAAGAAUACAAUAAUUUCCUGAACACAGUACAGCAUAAAACAUUUUAACACUGCUGUUAUAUUUUUAAGAGCUUUUAAACUCGAGUUAUAGGAGUUUAAAACGGCGCCUCUUGUACGUUUAUGAUGUCAGUGAGCGCGAACAGCCAAUGAGCUGCUCCGCUCGCCAAUCAAUCAUCACGCUUUAGCAGUAAUGCCCGCCUUCUCCUGCCCAAAACCCAUUCGCAGUAGAAAAAGGGAAUAUAUAUGUAAGAUUUCUUUUUAGUGAAAUCCAUCCUUCUACUUUCUAAAAGGAAAGUUCUGGGCGAGAGAUUAGAAACUAUUUUAACUUUUCGUUUAUAGCCAUUUAGCGCCAUUUACUCCCAUUUACUCCCAUUCAUUGAGGACUCACUCGCGGGCGCCCUGUGCUGUUCAGCAGUCCUGUUUUUGAUAUAAUGGGGGAAAUAGGAAGUGGCCAGACUCCUCAUGAACUGGCUCUGGUAACACUUGAAUAGACAAUCUUGUGCUUGCAUACAGUUUAGGUAGCUGGUGCUAACGUAACACUUGGCUACCUAGUGUUGUGCUAGCAUAACAUUUAGGUAACUGGUGAUGUGCUACUUAUAAUAACACUUACAUAACGUUCUGUCAUAAUCUGACAUCUGGCAUAACUUGUAGCUGUCCAGUCAACUGCUGCUUGUUUGCCAGUUUGACACACCUGAGUCAUUUUAACUCUUUCUUUGCAUUCAGUCUUAUUUAUUCAUCUUGGCUUACCAGCUAGGUAAUAACUUUAUCUACAAACACAUAGCUAGAAUAACUAACUCUAAUCGCUAGGCUUAGCUACCCAGCUAAUAAGUUUAGCUACAAUCUGGUAGCACAAUAAAACCUUAUAACCGCUAAAGGAGCGCAAACAUAAACCAUGGUAUGCCUUGAAACUGCAGGUCUAGAACUACUGCUGGUUCACCAGGUCUGCGAAUGGAUGAUGUUGGGGUUACAUUGGUGAGACCGGACCCCAAACCCUUUAACACUUCAAGGACUUCCCAUACAGCUGUUUUUAAAUGGUGUCAGCUCUAGAAACGUAGUCGAACUUUUACAGACAUAUACACAAAAGUCGGGUUUUGCUGUCCAAAGAAAACCUUGGAUGUCCAGAACUGUAACUUCAUAGAAUGUUGAAAAAAGGUCCUAAAUAACUGUUAAUAAUACAGAAUUUAAUUUUUUGUUGAUCUUGGACCAUUUCUGUUGGUCAGUUCGUCAUGAAAUGUUGGCUCGAUCUGAAAGCCAGGUGCUGUUUUCAAAUGGUGGGGAAAAGUAAAAAAAAAUUAUACAUCGACUUACAAGGUUUUCUUAGCAAACUGUUGGAGGAUUCUGGGUUUUACUGAAGGGUAACAUCCAUAAGGCUACAUGACACCUAUAUAAGCCUUGGACAACUGAUGUUAAUCUAUAUGAACAUUUAUAAAGGCUUAUUUCAACAAGCCUCAGGUGAAAUGACAUUAAAAUUGAUGAAAGUAACCUUCAGCUGACGCUUGCUGAAAUAAGCCUUUAUGUAUGUUUACGUCGGGUUAUGUCUGUUGCCAUGAAAGUCCCAAGUAGGUGUCAUGUAGCCUUGCACAGUGUUACCAGGUACAUGAUCUUAUGUUUUGCCACAAGGUUCCUGGCCCCAACCUUUCUGGCACAAAUACACAAAUUCACUCUCCAGUGGACGUUUUUAAUGGGCAUGCUAAUCUGCUGAUUCAUACGUCUCACGUUUUUUGCCAAAUCUGUGUUGAAAAUGAUCUUAUAUUCUGCAUCUGUACUGAAAAUGCCUUUGUAUUCACCACACCGAUGUUUUGCCAGCUUUUACAAGGUUCUGGAGCAGACCUCAGCCAGAGACUGAAAAUGGUUAAAGUGUUAUUUAAUGUGUGGCAUAUUUAAAUUUUUUGCCUUUUAUUUUUAAUGUUAUGGUCUUCCCUCCGUCGUUUGUCUGUUUAUGAUUAAGUGAAAAGUUUUAUCUGAGGUCCAGCACUAUCACGACCUGGUGGGUGGACAGCGAGUUCUGUUUGGUACGGUUAGAACGUGUCCUGGACCACCAUCGUAAACUGAGGCUAGUAUAGCCUAAUAAUAUGAACUACAACAGACAGCGGGACCAAGAGUCUUAAACGAAUAGUUUGUUGAAAAAUAAACUAUAAAAUUGCCUUCUUACCCUAAAUGUGAUAAUGAAGUAAGACAUGUUGGGUGUCGGACGUAGCUUCUUUAGCUUAGCAUUGAAGCUACGAGGCUAAUGUAGCUAAGGUAAAUGUUAUAUAAAUGAGAGCUACAUAAAAAUGGACAUGUUAGUAGAGAACCGUGUCCUACAGUGACAGAAACCACAUUAAAAAGUGUUUGAAAUUACUGAACAACCUGAUUCAACCUGCCUUAACUGAUUUAUGUGGUUUACACGAUGCUAGCUGUUUCUAAGCUUCCGCUACUUGCUGGCUACGUUAGCCUUGUAGCUCCAGUGUAAAACUAAAAAAAGCAAACUCAAGACACCAAAUGUGACUUGGCGGAUCAGCUAUAGGUGGUAAUGGACGUAAAUUAGUGUUUUUAGCAAACUAUUUUGUUAGCCUGCCGUAGCCUCAGAGCUCAAGUUGGUGCCCGAGUUUACAGUGUGGGAGAAGCGGUUAGCCGCUGAGCCGUGCCACGUUUCUGUUGCCUGUCUCGGUCUUUCCCCCCGUCCUCCCUGUAUAUUUGUCCUUAACGUUAAGUUGUUUCCUCUGUUGAGUGUGUUUAUUCUCAGUGUUGGGGGGUUUUCGUUGUAGCCUUGUAAUUCCACAUGGGUCUGCCUUAAGCUGGGAAAGGGAGUGCUAACACACGCGAGGGAGACGUGUACAUAAAGAUCAUCGCUCUGUGUUUUAGUGCAAGAUUUCACUGGUAUGUCUUGGAUCUGCCUUAUCAGAGAAUGUAAAACGAAAUACCUGGUAAUAUUGUUAUUAAAAUGAAAAUCUGA